AUGGUUAAGACUAGAGGAUUAGGCCAUGCGUUAGGUAGGGUUGUUGCCAGAGGUCUGGGGAGAGGGGAUGGUGAUGAUUUUGACGGUGCUCCCCAGCGCCGAAGGCCGACCGCAUCGGCACAAAGGCGACAGGUACCUAUCAUUGUUGACGAUGUUGUGCCUACGGUACCUGUGGACUCACCUGCAGUACCAGAGGCAGAGGCUGUUGUAGUUGGGGAUGAGCCCAUGGAACGUCCUGAGUUGAAGUUAUCCUCCCAUGGGAGGAAGGUGCAUAACUUGGGCAUGCCUGUUCCUGCAAUUGAGGACAUGGUUGCUGGGACAAGAUUAAGUCCUUUGAUCGCGUGUUCGAUAAACAUCGGUGAUCGGGGACUUAUAUCCUCCUUUGUUGAGAGGUGGUACCGGGAGACUUCUAGUUUCCAUCUUCUUGUGGGGGAGGUUUCGAUCAUGCUGGACGACGUCGCGUCUCUUUCCCAUCUGUCGACCGUUGGCACAUUCCAUGACUUCCAGCCUCUGUGCACCGACGAGGCGAUGCUGCUGUUGGUUGAGUUGUUGAUGGUCUCAGCAGAGGUGCCCAUGGCUAAGACAGGUCAAUGUGGUGGACCAUACGCCCUGCAUGACCUCACUCUUGCUGGGCAGUAUGCAUGGGGAGCUGCUGGCCUCGUCCAUAUAUACGAUCAGCUUAAUGAUUGUUGGAUAUACGAACACUUUUCGUCAGUUGCGGAGUGCAAUGCUGAUCCGGACUACGACGAGGUGUCACCAUGUGCGUGUCGGUGGAUUGCGACAAAGAAGACUCUGAAGAAGGUAUCUACAGCGACGUACAGGCAGCGCCUAGAUCGUCUGCGGAUCCCAGAUGUCUGCUGGAUGCUAUAUGCGGAGCACCGACCUAUGCAGGACUUUCAUCCGAUUUCGUGCUUCUCGGGACAGCUCCGCUGGGGGCCUAUUGUUGUCAGAUACAGACCGGAGAGGGUUAUGCGUCAGUAG